AAACUGAGAGAGAGGGAGUAAGUAACAUGCUUUUGUCAAACCGCGCCUUUAACUGCAUUUUACUCAUUACAACUUCAGUUUCACACUAACUACUCUAUUUAUCUUCCAGAUCUCCCUUUUCAUAAUGCAUCAUUAAAAUUGCUAAUCAUUUACUUUAAUAUACUUUUCAAUAUUGCAAAUCUUCUGAAAAAAGGAGGAAAAAAAGACGUACAGUUUUAUUAGCAAUGGCGAAAGUUCACGUGUUGUGUAUGACAUUUCUCUUUACAAUUUUGUCCAUACAACAAUGUAUUUGUUCACAUACACCGGAAAAUUCACCAAGUCCUGCACCAGCACCGGUACCGGAAUCCGGUGGAGAUCUAAGUUCUCCACCGCCAAUCGCUGAGACUCCUGAAAGUCCGUCAUCGUCACCGUUAAGUUCUCCGCCGGCGCCUCCGCCUGCAGAUCGCUCUCCAUAUUCUUCUCCGGCACCGUCACCUAUGGACGGAGAGUUUUUGCCAACAUUUACUCCAUCUCCUGCUCCGGCUCCGAGUGACUCGUUUGCGAGUGAUAUAAGCCACGAGACUACAGUCGACGUGAAUGAGUCGUCGUCCGGCGAUGGAAUGAACGGCGGAAAGAAGGCAGGAGUAGCAUUCGGAGUGAUUGCGGCAGCAUGUGUUGUAGGUCUCGGUGCAUUGGUUUACAAGAAGCGUAGGCAGAAUAUGCGACGAGCACAGUUCGGGUACGCUGCUAGGAGAGAUUUUCUUUGAGUUUGCAUGCUUCAUAAUGCAAUCUUUCCACAUAUAUCACAUUAUGUUAUAUAUCUUCAUGAAUAUAUUUGUAGUAUUCGAGAAUUUUCAUUAUAUUUGUUUGAUUCUUUAUUCACUGAAUAACACUGGGGUAGUACUAUUUUGGUAUUGGUGUAAUUCUAUAGAAGUUUGAUUUGCUAUUUUUGACGA